CUCGUGCGGUCGAUGUGAAUGUAACGUGUCGUUCUUUCUGAGCCUGCUUCUCGUGAUAAUAAAUCCGUCGUUUUCACGACGAUUUUCUUGCUUCUUUCGGUGGUGACUAUAUUUAUAACGGACUUAGCUUCACUCGUGAAUUGUUUCUCGGACUGAAUUUGGGAUUUUAGACUCCAAAUUUAUUAACAAACAUCUUACGCAUUUUUCUUUCCGCCAUUUUGAAUACUAUUUUCCCGAUAUGGACAAAGAAAAAGACUCGAUUCUCCUGGACAUUGAUAUGGAUUCUACUAUAGAGCAAAAUUCGAACACGCUGAGCGAGGACUUAAGCGCUCAUGCAACUAAGAAUACUGAUACACUGGAAUGUCGCCAUUUGAAAAUGAUUAUGGCUAAGAUUGGACUAGGACCCAGCGACGCACUCAACUUUCAUAAGCAAGUUGGUUCACGUCUACCUGAUGACUGGUACAAGAUCGAUAUUGACAGAAGAAAUGAUCUGCCUACUUUUGGGAACUUCAUACCCUGGUUUACUGAGCAGACUUUGGGUAGGACUCUUGAAAAUGAAGGCAACGCUAUACCUCAGAUCGCCGUAAAUGCCCUUGACAGGGAUAAAAGCUAUAUAAGCUCAGAACCUAAUCGCUCAAAACAGCCUACAGGCCGAAAACGUAAAAGACCACACUUCUCCAUUGCCAAAAUUGACUGGAAAACGUCUGAUGCACAUAUAAAUAACUCUUCUAUUCAUGAAGAUUUUAUGCAAGAAGGAGGAAACAUAAGCCCUGUCUCUGCAUAUGAAGAUCUUGUUAAGCUCACGCAAGAUUCUCUUUGUGCUUCUGGAGCACGUGUUAAGAGGGAAUCGGAAUACUUGCGUAGGCCUCCUUCUCCGUGGUGGGAUGAGAAUUGUGCCAAAAUUGCCAAACCAAAGAUUGAUGCGUUUCAUGAAUAUAAAGAGCAUCCCAUUGGAGAAAAUUUGACUAAAUAUAAUGCUAUAUGUAAGUCUGUUAAAAAACAGCUUAGACUAAUUCGUAACCAAAAGUAUAAAGAGUUCUGCUCCUUUCUGAACAAAGACAUGGAUAUUAAAAAAGUUUGGAACCUGGUCUCGGCGUUUAAAAGGAAAAAAUCAAUUUCUAAUAAUAACCUCGAACAAUCUGAUAAAUGCUUGGAAAUAACUAAUAAAACUUUUCAAGAUACUGUAACUAGACAACAUUCUAGUAUUGUAACGUCAUCUUUUACUAGAGAUAACAUUAAAAAUAAAGACUUGAAUUGCUCAUCGCUGCAUAUCAAUCAUCAUCAUGACUGUCAAGUCCUUCAGGAGGAUUUUGGUAAAGAUGAAUUUAGUUUAGCAGUACAACAUAAUCUUAAAAAGAAAAAGAAUAAAGCUCCAGGACCUAAUUUUCUUUCUUUUCGAAUACUAUCGCACCUUCCGCAAUGGUGUUUCGAUGCCAUUUUUAGAAUAUUUAAUGAAUUCUUUAUUAAGGGUAUUUAUCCUCCUUCUUGGAAACUUUUUUAUAUGGUCUUUAUCCCCAAAACUCAUUCUGUUAAACUACGUCCUAUUUCUUUAUCUAACUCCUUUCUCAAAAUAUUUGAAAGUCUUAUUAAAAAUCGACUGGAAUGGUGGUGUGAAGCACGUGGUGUUUUACCGCAUUACCAAAACGGAUUCAGAAGAGGUCGGUCUUGUGCCAAGAGUGUUUUAGCCUUGAAGGCUUUUAUAAGUAAUGCUUUUUUAAAUAAGAUGAUGGUCGGUACGGUCUUUAUAGAUCUCAAAGGAGCUUUCGAUAAUGUUAAUCCAUAUAAGCUGCUUAAUAUCCUCGAGGAUCUUGGCAUUCCUUACAAGAUUAUUAUAUUUAUAUCACAUUUGCUAUUAAAUCGCAAUAUACUCGGAUACUUUGGCGGUCACUUUUUAGGGUCACGUAUUGGCUCCCUGGGGGUUCCCCAAGGAUCAGUGCUUAGUCCCUUGUUAUUUGAUUUAUACAUAGCCAACAUACAUUCUGGCUUAGAUGAUUCGGUUGAGAUAAUGGCAUAUGCGGAUGAUCUUGUUAUAUUUACCAAAAAUAAGGAUACUCAUUCUAUUUCGAGCUAUUUAAAUGCUAAUCUUAGAAUUCUCAAUGUUAAUCUGUCAAGACUUGAUCUAAGUCUCUACCGAGAAGACAAAUUGAUGUAUUUUUGAUCAGCAUAAGAGAUUUCAAACAUUGCAGUCCAUCGUCAAUUUUGAUCGUUUGUGGUUGCAACUA